CACAGAGAAAGAAUAGUUUAUCAGACAGUAGAUCUGACAAUAAAAGUAUAACCAGAACUUGAACAGGCUGCAUUUUGAUGAUUUCGCCUGGCUAAAUCAUGGGCGUGACAUCCUAUCUAGAUGCAUGAUCUAGACUACAUCCGGUCCAAUAAAGAGCGAGGAGAAGCGCUCACUGCUGUCACUACAAUGGAUAUUUCAGCUACAAGGCUCAUUUUUGUCUUGUUCCUAAUCUUUUGCCCUACUCACAUUUACUGUAAAUUUACAGUUCAACCAGUGUCUAUCAAUACAACACUCAAUUCAACUGUACAAUUCUCUUGUGAAGCUGCUGACUAUGAAAUUUUGUACUUUUUGGUUGAUUGUAUACAAGCUAAUAGAGAGGAAAUAAGAAACAGAGGAUUUAAAGAUGUGGUUAUUCCAAUAGGUGGUGGAGCACUAAGAGGAGUGUUAACUGCUAAAGCAUAUGAUAUUAAUAAUAACACAAAUGUUACAUGUGUAGCUAGUUCUCAGUCAACACUACCUGUCACAAGUGAUACUGUGUUUUUCAUGAUACAAGGUCUAUUGGCUAGUGUUGCUAAUCUGGAUUAUACCUUUAUUAAUGGAUCCAGUGUAUUAUUAACAUGGACAGCUCCUUAUACACUGGAUAAUGUACCUAUCACUGGAUACUAUAUAGUCAAUGGAUUAGUGAACAUUACUACCACUAAUAAUAAUACUAAUAUUACACUAUCAACUACUAAUCCUAAUCCAUGUGUAUUAAAUAAUGUAUCAGUUUCUCCUAUUAAUGAUUUUGGACUUGGUUCAUCAAGUAUCAAGAAUUUUUACUAUCAAACAGUUCCUCUUAUCGCUCCUAAUGUAUCAGUAAUACUAGACCAGUUACUAGGAUUGAGUCUUCAAUAG